GCGAGUUGUGAGCAGCGGGGGCAACUUCCGGCAAGGCGCAUCUUCACCUCCACCGUGUGUGCUGUCCUGUGGACUCCGAAGCACGCCAUCUUCCGUUGCAGCGUACGUCAGCGGGCGUGUCUUUGGCGGUUGUGGCAGGCGUCACGCUCUUCGGGCAGAAAGAUUCCUAGAGAUGGAUCUUCGCGUCAGCGGGCACGGUUUACGCGAAGAGGAGAUCGACGCGGUGGCGAUGGCGGUUACUGCCGUCGUCGUGAGCACGAUGGGCGGCAUGUCGUCGUCCUUAAGCGACAUGCUGACACAGCUCCGAAAACGAAGAGCGCUGUUGCAGCGCAUUGCCGAAGCGCCGGAUUGCGUGGCCACGUGUGAGGCAGUCGUCCAGUUGUGCGCCGCGCUGUCAUCUGGCGUUUUCCCGCGGCGGACCCCGCGUUGGUGGAUUAAACGACAGACUGGCGGGACAUGGGAGGAUCUCCGCCUGUGUGAUGACGCGACGGACGAGUAUUACCGACAGAAGUUGCGCAUGUCGUUGGCCAUGUUCAGGCAGAUCGUUGCCGCGUGCGCCACGUACGUGGAGAAGAAGGUGACGCACUACAGGAUGCCUUUGCCAGUGGAGCAGGUGAUCGCUUUCGCAUUGUACAGGUGGGCGUCAGGAGAGACGUACGAGAGCGACACUUCGGCCUUCGGCAUCGGCAGGGCAACUGGACUGCAGGCCGUCUGCGACGUCACUUCGGUGCUGUUGCAGGCGUACCCCGACGCUAUCAAGUGGCCAGUUGGUCGUAGACGUGCGCAGAUUCUGCGCGCAUUCCGUGACAAGGGUUUCCCGAACUGCUUCGGCGCGAUCGACUGCACACACAUCUACAUUGACAAGCCCCUCGGCGCACCUUCCCACAACUACUACGACCGCAAACAGAGGUUCUCCGUGCAGGCGCAGGUGGUGGUGGACUUGGAUCUGCGGAUCCUCGACGUCCACAUCGGAUACCCGGGAAGCGUGCACGAUGUCUGCGUCCUGCACAAUUCCCAGCUGUGGAGGCGUGCAGAAGCUGGCGAGCUGUUCGACGCACCUCCGGAGAAUCUGCCGCACGGUGUCGUGGCGCGAGGUUACCUGCUAGCCGGGAGGGGGUUUGGGUAGGGGUUGAUAGCAUUCGCGCAUGUUUUCGUUCGCUUCUCUGGCGGGACGACGGACAUACGUGUUUUGCAAUUGUUGAUGCAACCUGCUUAACAUUAGUAAACUGCGUAACACAAA